AUGAAAAAGCAAAAGUUUGAGCUGAAAUUAAGCAAGAAAGUAUUUCAAAAUAAGAAGAAGGGAAGUUUGUCAAAGAAAUUGAAAGAAAAAGCUCCUGUUGAAUCUUCUUCGCCUGCAUCUUCUGAGGAGACAGUGUCAAUUGUUGGGUCUCCAAAACCAAUUAGAUCUCCACCACCGAAAACAUCUUCAUUGAGAUCAUCUUCACCAAAAACACCGUCACCUCAACAUUCAUCAACUUCAUCUUCAUCAUCAUCAACACCAAAAUCACCUCAAAUGCCUAUUCAUCAAUCCUCACCACUUCCUGAAUUCAAUUCACCAAUUCCACCAACCAUGGAACCAUCGCAAUCUCAAACCAUCAUCUCACAAAUUCCUUCAUCUUCUUCACUUCCAUUAUCACCAACACCAACAUAUUUUCAAAAUCGAAGAAAAUCAAUUCCUGUCAACAUUCAGAAAAACUUUAAGAGAUCAAGAUUUGAAGAUGCACAUGACUCAAAUGAAACUGACUUUGAUGAUGAAACUGCAAAUAAAUUUGCUGAUGAUGUAAUGGAUAUUCCGGAAGGACAAGGAGGAAAUGAGGGGGGAGUUGAAAAUACCCGAGAGGUUAAGAGGUCCGGGCUAGGAGAAAGGCAAAAAGAAAACGUUGGCCUCCACUUAGUUCAAAACAUUUAUAAACGCCGGGUACCUAGGAUAGAAGUCGAGAGCUCCCAACUCUCGCAAGGUCAAACCUCCGUAAGCCAUUCGAAAGUCUCUCAACAGCCUGACGUCUCAUCAUUGCACGAGCAAAAUCCGCGUACUCCAUUCCAUUCUCCUUCAGAGUCUGUGAAUGUUGAAACACAAGAGACACCUGCUCCUCUCUUGGACUUCAUUUCUGCACUCUCGUCUAGAACCCAACUUAGGAUACAUUUUGCACCGUUUGUGAUCCCAUAUGCACAUCUAGGUGAUGUUGCCGGCAUAACGGCAAGUCUAAGUGACACCGGAGUUAUUUACCUUUCUUUCCUACGAGAUUCAGGUUGUGAAGCCGAAUCAUCAACUGUUAUUCAUUCUCUUGAAUCAACAGGAAAUCCUGAGACAGUAAUGAUGUUUUCGGGUCACUUGGUAGACUCACUUGAGGCUACUGCAAUGCCAGAUUCUGAUAUUCCUCUUCCUCCUGAAACUCAAAGAUUAGUAUCCCAGUUUGUUGAAGGGAUUGAGGAGGGUCAACGAAGUGAACUCCUCAUAGCAAGAAAUGUAAUAACCGGUAAACUUCCUGUCACUGAAACAAGAUCACCACCGAGAUUGCGUACUGGAGGUGCUCUUGUAAUUCGUACUCCAGUAGUAUCUACAUUUCCAUCAACAACAACAACACCCCCAUCAAUUCAAAGUACUCCUCCAACAAGUCAACCAAUAACUUCAUCAACUCCACUCAAUCAAUCAAUUCCUGAUCCAAGUUCACCUCAUCAUUCUUCUUCAAGUUCUUCCUCUUCUGAAUCAUCUACAUCCACUGAAUACUUAAGUGAUUGUUCACCAAACCGACUUGCCACCAGUGGUCUCCCAACCGACACUUUAAUUGUUUCUCUCAUGAAUAGGUUGAGUUCUGAAGAACCAAAUCUCACAUCUCACAAAAGAACAAUCUUUCAUUCACUUCAAGCUUAUCUAUCACAUCAAGAAACUGAAAGAACAAAGCAAGCUGAAGUUGAAGCUUUACAGAAAAGCGUUCGCGAGCUUGACCAACAAUGCAGAUUGGUCGAUAUCUCAAGAAGUCGGGAAGAUCAAGAUCCUGAUGAUCAACCCGAGGGGGAGAAUAUUAGAGAUAUCGAAGAGGGUCAUGAAACUCAAGAACAAAUUGGUCAAGAACAAAAUCCACAAGAUGUGAAUCAAGAACAAACUCAAGCUACUUCUACAUCUCAUGUCAAUGAAUCAGAUUCAGAUGAACUACCAAUUGAUGAUCUACCACUUCCACCACUUGUUCAAGAUAUUUCUCAGUAUUACUCCACCACUUCUGAUGAAUCAAGUGAUCAUGAUCCUUUUCAAGCUGAAAAAAGUGAGUCUGAAUCAUCUGAUUCUAGUGAUCCUAAUGAUGCUCCAGUUCAAUCUCAACAAGAAACUUAUGGUAAAGACAUAUUUGAAGAAACUGUCUAUCAUUUGAGCAAUCCAGAGAAUCUUGAAACUCCAAAUGAGCUUGCACAAGGAGUUAUUCAUCCAAGAAUCUCAAGCAGAAGAAUUUGGCAAAUAAAUGAAGGAUACUUUGUGGAAAACAAUGAGCAGAUUGUGGAAAACCUGAUGAGAUUAUGUGUAGAGCCAGAUAUCUUGAAGAAAGAGCUUUUCAGAUCUUCUGCACUUCUAAUGAAAGAUUGA